ACGGAUACUGAAGGGAAAGCCUUUGCUGUCAGAAUCCCAGGCAGAAUCUAAACUCCCUUUUCAAAUUCUGAAUCAACUGUCCUGUCUUCAUCCAGCAAAAAAAAGACCAAAGGAAGGAGAGCCAUGGAUUACUAUAGAAAGUAUGCAGCUGUCAUUCUGGCCACCUUGUCUGUAUUUCUGCAUAUUCUUCACUCCUUCCCAGAUGGGGAGUUUAUUAUGCAGGGUUGCCCAGAAUGCAAGCUGAAGGAGAACAAAUACUUCUCCAAGCUAGGAGCUCCCAUUUACCAAUGUAUGGGAUGCUGUUUCUCAAGAGCAUAUCCUACUCCAGCAAGAUCAAAGAAGACUAUGUUGGUUCCAAAGAACAUUACAUCAGAGGCCACAUGCUGUGUGGCCAAAGCAUUUACAAAGGCCACGGUGAUGGGCAAUGCAAAAGUGGAGAACCACACAGAAUGCCACUGCAGUACCUGUUAUUAUCACAAAUCUUAGCUAUUUUGCCAAGAGCUUUGUGGAUGAUUCUUGAUCUCCCUCAAUGAGUUGUUCAGCUUUUACAAUCCUGCUAUGUGACAAGCCUGGUUUUCUUUCUGGGCCAGCUUAAUGUACUGCAAUAUACGUGCCAGUUGUAUUGCCUCUGUCCUUUUCCUUGUAGAUGAACAACAUUUUGGCUCUUUUCAUUUGAAAUGAAAAACAGAAUUUAACAUCAUAUCAAAAAGGUGGCUCCAUUGGCAAUAAAGUGUAUAUUAAAUCAA